GACCCAUCAAUUUGCACGGUCACCUUCGGCGUAAGGUCAAAAGCUGCAGCAACAUUGAUAUCGAGGCCGACUAUGAAUUUCGGCGGCGGCAGCAUCAGGGUGUUGGUCAACCGUCAACUGCCCGAGUCGUAGACAGACAACAUAUAUUACUUUAAAUGCUCGCCCAGAGAAUUGCCGGCCGAGCGGUGUCGGCGGCACCAGCACACACCUGUCGCGCCGCCCAAAUCACUUCAGGUUUCUUCGCCAUGCCGCUCAGAGCAAAGCUUCUACCACCUCGGCAGCAGCAGGCACAGUCUCAAAGACCAUUAUCCACACAAGAAGUCUACGAGAAAUUCAAGCCCAUGGAAGACGACGAGCCCGAAGAUGUCCUCUUCAACAGCCUGUACGGCCUCCGGUCCGUUGAACUCAAUCGGCCCAAGAAGCUCAAUGCCCUCAAUGGCUCCAUGAUUCGCAAGAUUGUCCCGCGCCUGGUCGCAUGGUCCAAGUCGGACAUGGCCAACGUCGUUGUUAUGAAGGGCGCUGGGGAGAAGGCUUUCUGUGCCGGCGGCGACGUCGCCCAGCUGGCCAAGUGGAACAAGGAGGGCCCUGAGGGGCAGCAAAAGUCCAAGGACUACUUUGCCCAGGAAUACCAGCUGGAUCAUCUGAUUGCGACCUACAACAAGCCCUACAUUGCCUUCAUGGACGGCAUCACCAUGGGCGGCGGCGUCGGCCUCAGCAUCCACGCGCCCUUCCGUAUCGCCACCGAGCGCACCGUUUUCGCCAUGCCCGAGACGACAAUUGGCUUCUUCCCCGACGUCGGCGCCUCCUUCUUCCUUCCCAGGCUUCCCGGCUACAUAGGGACCUACCUUGCGCUGACCAGCUCGCGCCUCACGGGCGCCAAUGUCUUCUACUCGGGUAUCGCUACGCACUACCUCCACUCAACCUCGCUGCCCAGCCUCGAGUCCCGCCUCGCCGAGCUGCGCUUCGCCGACACGGACCCCAUCGAAACCCGACUAGCCGUCAUCGACGCCACCAUUGAGGAAUUCGUCACGGGGUUGCCGCACGACGAGCCCAUACUCCUGGCCGGCGAGCUGCGGAAAGCAAUUGACCGCUGCUUCUGCCAUGACUCAAUCGACGAGAUCCUUCGCGCGCUUGAAGAGGAGAAGGGCGCCACGCGCAAGUGGGCGCGCGAGACGCUCGAGACGCUCCACAAGCGGUCCCCCACGGCGGUGCACGUCGCCCUGCGGCAGCUGCGCAUCGGCGCCAAGUGGAACAUCCGCGACACGUUCGUCCGCGAGCACGGCAUCGCCUCCAAGUUCAUGGCCCACCCGGAUUUCACCGAGGGCGUCACGGCGCUGCUGAUCGAGAAGCGUCCCCCCUCCUGGCAGCCCGCCAAGCUUGAAGACAUCAAGCCCGAAGACAGCGCUGCGCUCACCGAGGAUUUCUUCCUCCUGUCCAAGGACGAGCCCAGGCUGAGGAUGCUGACGGCCGCUAACUACGACGAGUACCCGUACGCCUAUCUCGGCGUGCCCACCGAGAAGCAGGUUGAGGACAAGGUCGCCAUGGGAACCAUGACGCGCGCCCAGAUCAUUGAGAGCUUCAUGGAAGAGAGACGGCAGAAGCAGGGCGUGCAGGAGAUUGUGGAGGAGAUUUUGGCGAGGAAGACCAAGGGCCCCAAAGGGAUGCAGGACAAGCCCGUAUGGAACUACGACGUACUGUAGAUGGUUGGAGGUGUAUUAUACGCAAUACUGUAGAUGUCCCCGUCUGGUUCUAGAGGAUAUGCAAAUGUAUGACUAUGGUUUGACUCUAGCACCCGGUGCAGGACUGGCCCAUUUUCUAUAUACGUAUGUCGUCCGAGAAUGAAACUUGCAGAUGUGACAA